AUGGCACGAGCAUACCAAGAACGGCAUAUCCUCGAUAACCUCUCCGAAAGCGUCAAAAAUCUGCAAGCUCAAGCUAAUGACCUCACCCAAGCCAAGCACAAGCAAGCAGAGCAGAUAAAGAACCUUAUAACAUCAAAGGAAGCACUAGAGAAGCGAAACACCGAGCUCGAGCUACGUGUGAAAGCGAAUGAACAUAAUGCGGUCGCUCGCACAAAUAAUUCGCAUCUCGCACAGUCAGCCAAUCCCAAUCAUACCACCUUGACCCCACUGCACGACGUGGGGACCAAUAGAGCGGUAAGGCAGUUUCCGAAGCACGAGAGGGACAUCAAGACAAUGGCACAACAUCAGGUCAUACAGAUCUUGCAGGCGCUAGAUGUGAAGGUGCUGGGGUUGGGAGCCAGCGAGAAGAAGGCGGAAUUGAGAGCUUGUAUUGGGUUGCCGAAGGAGCCUGCGUUAACAUGGGUAUACAAUGUCAAAUUGGCGACGAUGUCUGAGCGUAUCGGAUUGCAGGUCUUCAGCUAUGCACGGAAUACUGAAACGUCCAAAAAUGGCCCUGGAGGUGAUUGGAAGCGUGUGACUGACUUCACAGCCACAAACGUAAAGACACCAUCGGAAUCGACUAAAAGCUUGGGGACAUCUUCAAAGCCUACCAAAUGGGUGAAAAUCGAGAAUAAUCACCCUAAGACCGUGAAAAAGGCGAACAUGACCAAAGAUACCGAAGACAGCGAAGAAGGAAGCACAUCUUCAGACUCGUCAGAGGAGGAGAAACUUCGUUUAAAGAAGCGCACGAAGCGGAAGGCUGACUCGAAAACUAAGUCAAAGAACAUGAAGAAGCCGUCCAAAAAAGCUAAGGCAGAUACUACGGAUAGCGACUCUUCCUCAUCCGAAGGCGAAGUUGCCAAGGCAAAGGUAGCCAAGAAGGAAAAGGUCAAAAGCAGGAAAUCAAAAGAUGGCUAUAUCAAGGCGAAAAAGGCAGCUGUCAAGAACACGCUAGAUACUUCAAGUAGUAAUGAAAAGUCUUCAGAUUCUGAAGACGACACAGAAGAAUCUCAGUCGGACAGAAUGGAAACACCCGUGGGAUCCUCGGCGACAGUGGUGGUAUCUCACAACGAUCCUUUGAAAUGCGCUAUCUCUCAGCUCGAAGCUCUCCGUUUCGGUGGUGGCGGCGGUUCUUCAGCCACUACUUCUAGAGACAGAGGAGCGAAUGCAAAGAAGACAGGCUCCGACGAUAGCGUUAAUGUAGCCAAGGGCUCGAAGCCAGAGUUUGUUCGACUUGACAAAGUGUGGUCGCAGCGAGAAUAUCGAUUCAUCAAACAGCCAUCAACUCAAGAAGAUAAGCUUGAAAAGUAUGAAGAAUACGCUUUCAAUGUCGUACGACGUAUGGAUCAUCAGAACCGCUAUCUAGAUACGUCUCUCCAUAUUCUCAGCAAACCACUCAAGCAUGCGCUCUUCUACGUCAUGGGAACAGAGUCAGGUAUCUCACUCGAGGUGGACAAGCCUGCUGUCAAUCCUAACAUGGUUUUCCUGUAUCUUGAAGAGUUACGUGCCUAUCGGAAGGGGUUGAAAAUGAAGAUAGAGCAAACAAGGAAAAAAGCUAUCAAGGCAAAGCUGCAGCAGGCCAGCAAACAUCUCAAAGUGCUCAUUGACUACCUAGACAAAGAUUAUGAGGAGACGAAAAAGACACUUUACCCUUUACUAGAAAAGGGACGUAUCACCUUCGAUCUAGUGUGGGCUCUGUUUAAGAGUAAUGAUAUUGUCUACACAAGCACUUACGGGCACGAUGAGCAACCAAGAGCGGCGAAAGUGGCAUACGUGAGCAAGGAGAAAAGCCUUCUCCAAGGCGAGUACUACGACAUCGAUACGCGCUUCUUAGACAAUGAUGGAAAGCGAUUCGGCAUAGCAAGCACUACCUUAGAUAUCAAGCACUUUUCGGGCGUCCGUCCAAUCACCAGCCUUACUGUUUACCCGCUCAAAUACCAUCCACAGCACGAACAGCUCAAGCAGACGCUCAUAGAGCGUGGGAAGAAAUUUGUUGCAUUAAAAGGGAAGCAAUACAAGGCUCAGAAAGGCAUAGCAUAUUACAAAGGAAACUGUAAAAUAAUCAAAGUCUUCGUCAACGGCCGCGUAAUGAUCGAUCCAGCCACUUUCCGCCGACUUCGCCCAAAUUAUCCCUUCUCAAACGUCAAGCCCCCUGACAAAGACAUCAUCGACGACCCAGCCUCUGACGCAGAAGUUGAAGAGAUCAACGAGACUUCUUCGAGCUCUGAUGACCGUGCUUCCCAAUCUGACCCGUUGGCCAGUCACUCACAUAAGAAGAAGAAGAAGCCAAAGCGCAAACUUAAAGCCUUUCAAGACCCUGAUGAUCCGGACGAAGUCUACUAUGUCGAAGUCACAGUUGAUGAGAGCGAGCAACUUGCCCCUGAGCUAGAAGAUCUCCCACUCAAUAACGAUAGGGCAAAAUCUAAAUCGAUCUCGCAACAAAAGGCGACCACCACAGACGAACCUGCGUACACUUUCACAGACACCGACUACCUCAUUGCCUCGCCGGUAACCCUCGGAUUCUCCUUCAGCGAGAAACUUUGGCUUGAAUUCGCUGUCUCGGGUAUUUCCGAUAUCCAAUGGAAUGACAGCGCGUUCGACAAUUUGAUCCUUCCUGAUGACCAAAAGACUAUCGUCAAAGCCUUAGUGGAGAGCCACGAGUACGAAGGGAACAACAAUAUCGACGACGUCAUUCAAGGCAAGGGACGAGGAUUGGUUGCUGUCUUACACGGUCCUCCAGGGACAGGCAAGACACUGACAGCGGAAGGUAUCGCUGAACUACUCCGGAAACCGUUAUAUGCCGUCAGCGUAGGCGAACUCGGCAUCAAAGGCGGCGACGUCGAGCACAACCUCACCACUAUCCUCGACGUAGCCCACACCUGGGGCGCGAUCCUCCUCCUCGACGAAGCAGACGUCUUCCUCGAAGCCCGCACGAACUACGACCUGGGCCGAAACGCCUUAGUCUCCAUCUUCCUGCGCAUGCUCGAGUAUUUCCAAGGCAUUCUCUUCCUCACCACGAACCGUGUCCAAUGCUUCGAUCCCGCGUUUACAAGCAGAAUUCAUAUCGGCCUUCGCUAUGGCGAACUCGAUAUCAAGACCCGGAAAGCGAUCUGGAGGCUUUUUAUCGAGAAGGUUCGUGCUUUGGGGCCUACUUCUCCUGACGCGCCGAUCAUCACUGCUGGAACUCCCGCUCCUACGAACAAUGCCGUCGCCGCAUCUUCUUCCACCGUCCCGGUCAAGUCCAAGGCGGACGCCAAAGAGCCAGCUAGGCGCUCCCAUGGCGUCGAACCCGGCGCAUUCGGUGAUGAAGAUAUGAAGCGCCUAGCCUCCUACGAGCUGAAUGGCCGCGAGAUCAAGAACGCAGUCCGUACUGCUCAGAGCGUGGCAUUGAUCAGCGGGGAGAAGCUGGGCAUGAAACACAUGCUGCAGGUGCUGGCGGUGGGGAAUGUGUUUGCGAAGGAUCUGAAGGGAGCCGGGUAUGAGGAGGCUAUGAAGUUUUAUAUGUAA